AUGCCCAUGGUUCGUUCGUAUGUCACUGGAUACGACUUAGUGCAGAACAAUAAGUGGAGUCUUGUUCUCGCGUCAGAGACCGUGUUCGAAGAAGGAAGCAGUGAAAGAGGAGUCUGCGAAGAAAAAAAGCCGCACUACGAGUUUAAGUUCCAGUUCAAUCAAGAGCAAGAACUGGAUUUUCUCGAGGUAACAGUGAAUCACCCGGUGACGAGCACGUGGACCUCCUGUUUUUCUACGGAUAACGAAGGGAAUGGUGUACCGAUCCAAAAAAGACUUGGCCGCUCGGACUCACACUCGGCUUUCGUCCUCCGAAGGACAUCAGAGAGCGACAAAGCCAGCGGGGAGCUACUUCGCAAACCCAAGAAGAGACGCAACACCAACAAACGAGGGAGCAGAGGCACCAUGAGCAUGACCCCAGCCACGAAGAAGUAGAUGGCCGUACUUCCCGCUCCGGGGCCACUAACUUCUAAUGUUCAUAUUCAAAGGAACUUUGCUAUCGCUAUCCUGCUGUUCGAUUCUGGUUUACUUCAGUAUUCAAAGUUGAUUUCCAUGAGUACUUACGCUGAUCCUGAUGCAUUUCGUCGUUUUUCUUCCUAGGUAGGCUGCAAAACUAUGGCUGUGUACUGACCAGCAUUAACAGGCACUCAAAGACAAACAAGCCAAAAAAAGAUGGACGAAUGGAGACUGAGUUGAAAUCACAUAUCGAUCUCAUUUGCAGCGUGUCAUGAAGUAAGUCGUGACUUCCCAUUCCUUCGGCAGUCACGACUAAUUUGGCAUAAAAUUAUUUACUGCGUUCGUGCGAAAAAUUCUGGAAACAAUGUCGGAAUCUGCGCGGAGGGGACAAGAAGAACGGUACAUGUUCAUACUCACUUUUUCGUGAAGUAUCGAAGACUGAAUAUUGGAGUUGGACCGACACUUGCUCUUGUUGUACUUCUACGUGGAUAGUUAAUGUUAUGUGUAUGCUUCCGGUAUUUGGUAGCCUGAUUUUGAUCAUAAGGAAAACAAGAAGAGAAUCCUUGUGAUCGAAUUCACGUUACCAAAUACCAGAACCAUCCAUUAUGCUAGACCGACGGGCUUGUUACUUCGCAAGCCCGACAACCUUGAGAGUUUGUCAUCGAUCAUCUUGAGUUCUUACUACUUGUUGGACUGUAAGAGAGUUGUUUGUCAUCUGAGAUACAGACUAGAAGCGUCUCUGUUCUGAGCCCAGUGGUAUGUUGAAGAGAUGACAACGAAUGAACUUUUUCGAAGCCCUCCUCUGGUUGAGUGCGUCUCUGUUGAGAAUGAGAUAACGCAUGUUACAUACGUCAUACAGAUACUUGAUUCUGUAGUCCUCGAGUGCAUUUGUGCUUACGUGAGAGAGACACUGACGGCAUGAUCAUGAAAUUGAAAUUGCUUGAACCUUCACCGUCUACAACUCCUCUAGACAGGAAAAGCAAAAAAAACGCCUCCACAUUCUGUGAGCCGCGUGAGGACCCACCACGUCUUCUAUAAUUCAGACUAAGCUGCAUACUUAGUUUUUAGUUAAGCGAAAGCAAAACUAAGACUCCGUAUCCGUUAACGAUACUAGCUCUCUGGAGUGGUUCCCCAGGGGCAGGCGUCAAGGGAAUUCCAAAAAAUUUGCUAGAACAAUGAACUGCAGAUGAAUGUGCAAGGAAAGCGAACAGAUGCUUCGGUCCAGUGUUGAGAACUUUGAUCCAAAUUUCAACACUUUGAUCCAAAUUUCAACACUUUGAUCCAAAUUUCAACACUUUGAUCCAAAUUUCAACACUUUGAUCCAAAUUUCAACACUUUGAUCCAAAUUUCAACACUUUGAUCCAAAUUUCAACACUUUGAUCCAAAUUUCAAAACUUUGGCCCAAAUUUCGAAACUUUGGCCCAAAUUUCAAAACUUUGAUAUUUAGAAAAUUCAAAAUCAAAAUUCAAAAUCAAAAUUCAAAACCAAAAUUCAAAAUCAAAAUUCAAAAUCAAAAUUCAAAAUCAAAAUUCAAAAUAUGAAAUCAAAAUCAAAAUCAAAAUCAAAACGAGGGAAAAACUUUAUACUGUAAGAGAUUUCAUACGAGCUAGAGGUAGAGCAUCGUUCUGCUUGUUGUACUUAACCUUACGAAAUAAGCGUUGUCAAUCGUAUUCUUGGUGCCAGUCGUAUUUUCAAAGCUGAAGGUGCUACACCGAGAUUUUCCUACUUUUUCGCGAACGCGAUCGAGUAUUCUCCAUCUCGUCCUGCUCCUGUUGAGGCAUUUGCUUCCAAGAACUCUUAAAAAAACAUCACUUCAACCAAAUUUCAGAAACAAGAUGUCGAAGCUUUUCAUCUUUUCGACGACCUCGUCCCUUUUCGCGCUCUUGACGACCUGCUCGAUCGCGAAAAGCGCGAUGGGGUCGAGCGCUUCUUCGAUGUCGAAUGUCGGACGGGAGGUGGUUUUUCGUGCAGAGUAUUCGAACGUGGGUCACGGCACUCGCUCUGAACAUGAGAGCAAGUGUUUUCGCGUCACUAUAUCUGACUCGCGGCGCCUUGGUCAAGGUGCUUACGGCGCACUGUACCCUGUGGAGCUGGUGGAAGACUGUUCUCUGUUCUGUCCCGUUUCCUCUGCGACGCCGAACAACAGAGAGGACCCAUCAUGGCCGCCCUCAGUAUCUUCAUUCUUAGAAGCGGCGCAUGCGCAAUCUCCUGGACAGCAACAGCAUGGUCAAGGAUGGGCGGCUGCGUCUUCGCCAAAAGCGGAUAGUGACGCUCCUGCAGGACCAGACGCAGAGGCGGGAUCUUCUUCUUCACCUACAGGACGACCACUUGUGGUUAAGCUCUUCUUCAAAAAACCGGAUCAAAGUGAGAUUAUUGAUAUGAAAAAAGAGGUCGCGAACUUGGAGGAACUAAAGGACCACGAUGAAGAUCGAACGGAUCCACGUGGAACUGGAAGCGACCCCAAUCCAUCCAAGGACGGUGGUGGCCACGAACGUUCUCGGGUUGCGCAAAUCGUCGACUCUGGUCUUGUGCACGUAUGCCAGGAUCGCGCCAUCUCUUUGUCAGACGAGGGGAACCAAGGGUCUUCCUACACGCUGGCAGCCACGGAAGCAGGUAAUUUUUAUGGCUACCGCGGAAAUACUGAUACAAAUAAGAGGCGGCCAUCGCCAUUCACUUCCAUAUUCUUGUCGACGACGAGAUCGAUGCUGCUUCCUUCAAGAACAAGGCAAGAGGUCAGCAACAUUGUAGGGAGUUCAUUCAAGCAAGCACAAAGACUAGACUAUUACACCCAGAAUCUAUUCGCUUUCAUCUUGAUCUUUCUCUUCUGCAUUGUAAAGAAUUGUUGUUCAUGUCCAUCAUAUUCUUUUAUAUACAGUCAUACGGAUCAUUCACUAUCUAAGACUACGUCCAGAAAAAUGUGCAGAUCGGCGGGCCGGGGACGCCUUUUAUUGUGAUGAAAAAAGCGGCGGGCGAGAGCCUACUCGCCGUAGUCACGGAAAUGUUCGAGAACCUCAACACGGUUUACGCGAUUCUAUACGACGACUUCUAUGAAGAAGACGACGAAUUGAAAUCCACCGAUUUCGAUUUAUUUGUCGUCCAGCGGCACGUUGUCUUUGUUGCGGCCAUCAUGCUGGAGUUGAUGCGAGCUGUUGCGGACGUGCAUAAGAAAGGGAUGCUACACGGUGACAUCAAAGAGGCGAAUGUAAUGCUCGAGUACAUGCCUACUUCCAAGGAAGUAAAGGGGGCUACACUGGUCGAUUUUGGCGUCGCGCAUACGGACUGGCGAUCGGCUCACCCGAAAAAAAUCGUGACGCCCGAAUACAAAGCUCCAGAGCUCACUGCAACGUACUUGAAUAGGGCGUUCUACGAUGCACACAACCCGGCGCUAGAAGUGGCAACUGUAGCGCCGGAUUGUUCACAUGCUGAGAGGCGUUUCCCGCACCCGCGAGUAGAAGAACUGCAGAAAAAACCUGGAGAGUACCUUGGUUUGUUGGCGUUGAUGCAGGACACUGACACUUCAGCGCGGACAAUAUCUCCAGGUGUUGACUCAGUGGAAAAGAUGCGCAGUGAGCUGAGCAAACACGUGGGUGAUCUCGAAAAGCAUCUAGAGGAACUGAAAAGUCUCCCGCAACAGAAGCAGCCGAGUUCCAACAGCUUAAGCUUUUCAGUUACUGUUACGGCUACAACCCCAUUUUUAGUUUAUCAUGGUAAGUAUAUAUAAGUAACGGUAACCAUUCCGGCCCCAUCAUCAGGUAGCUACUUCACCGACGAACGUACUUACACAAACUGAGUCGCCCUCACCGAGGAGACAGUGUAUGCUACGAACAAGAAGUGUGGAGGGGCAUCGAUAUCUUCGAUAUGAUAGGGUCGAUAUCUCUAAGAAAUAUGCCUUCAAGAAGAUGUUAGCAAAGGCACGAAGUGUGCAGCGCUACGCCGAGAACAUUCUGAAAGUGGACAUUUGGAGUGCGGGAAUCGUUUUUUACCGGCUGCUGUUCGGAAGCUUUCGUAUGCGUAGCCGUUCCGCCGGCUCCGCGUUUCAACUUGGCGAAGCUCCAGCACAACGGAAGGCGAAGGACAGCGUACCACGAAACAACCGCUUCUACUUUGAUCAAGUUGACAAAGAGCUCCUAGAUUUGGUCGAACCAGCUGGGCAGCGCUCCAAGGGACUGCCAGAGACAAUCAAGAGCGACAAAGAGCUCCUAGAUUUGGUCGAACCAGCUGGGCAGCGCUCCAAGGGACUGCCAGAGACAAUCAAGAGCAACAAUUUCAAUUAAGGCGAAUGAAAUAAGUUUAAGUAGUUCUUUUUUCUCCUCGUGUUUUUGAUGCCGUCGUUCUUUGUGGCUCUUCCCGUCCUCCCUUCAGGACAAAAGAAUAAAGAACGCGGGAACGAUGGAGGAAUGACGAGCAACGGGCAAAAGACUACUUGCCAACACUUCUUCUAAGCGAAGCCUGAUUCUUCUGACCCAGACAUCUUUCUCAUGAACUACCCGCAACUGCGUAUCUCUGAUUCAAAUUCCGGUCUCAAAGCGAUGUUGGCGGUUGACCCUAAAGAGCGACCAACAGCGCAAGAAGUGGUCGAGCGUCUGGAGGCAUUUCUGAAGAAGAAGCAAGGACAACAAGGCGCUAAAGAGCGCCCAACAGCGCAAGAAGUAGCUGUAUAUUCGUCCAGUAGUUUCAGUUGAUCAUCAACAUCAUGGAGAGCUAUUGACUCAAGGAACAAACACAAGGUGUUGAACAAUGGAGAGCUGGAGGUGUGACAAUGUUCUUGUCCAUGAAUUCGACAAUUAAGUACUUUCUCGUGACUGCUUUAACUGGCGUUACAGACACUGAAUGCCGGGAACAAGAUAGUGGUAGUUGUACGUUGAUUGAAUUGCAAUUCCGCAAAAGAGAUGUUGGAUGCAGAUAGAGAAGUGGCACAUUUGCUCAUACAAAACAGGGCUAAAAAACGUCUUCACAACCGCAGGAAAUGCAUCCUCCCGCCGAUGGCUGAGUAUAGUCGUUUGGGAUGCAGUAUGAUGAUAGCGCCGUUGUACAUGAACAGUUAGUACUUACUUACAUCAUGGAUGAUCAUUCGUCAGUUGUCUUCUUGAUUGGGUUUUUGGUUGUAUCAAUCCUCAACGAGCUCAUGGGGCUGACCGGAAACGUUAUCGUAGCAGAAGCGCUAAAGAAGGCAACAGUCUUUCGGAUGGAGAAGAUGGUGGAGAAAUCUCGUCUAGCAGUGGCUCGGAACAUAUAUACAUCCGAGGUGGUUCAGGUUCCGUGGGCAGUCCAGAAAAGAAUUAGAACUAAAAGUAGAUGUAAUUGCAUCACCCCGAAUAGAGCCCAUGAGUACGCUGAUCCUGGUGAUGUAUUUCCUCGGCUGCAAAACCAUGGCUGUGUACUGAGCAGCAUGAACAGGCACUCAAAGACAAACAAGCCAAAAAAAAUGGACGAACAGAGACUGAGUUCAAAUCACAUAUCGAUCUCAUUUGCAGCGUGUCAUGAAGUAAGUCGUGACUUCCCAUUACUUCGGCAACCACGACUAAAAAUUUGGCAUAAAAUUAUUUACUGCGUUCGUGUGAAAAAUUUUGGAAACAAUGCCGGAAUCUGCACGGAGUGGGCAAGAAGAACGGCGUCCCUCAAUGGCUUUCAGUUAUUCUGGGAAAUAUUCUUCAUCGUUUGUCGAACUAAAGUGGAAAAUUCCUAAAGUACUAGUUUAGAAACUUUAUCUUUUUUAGCAUCACAAACACAAGAAGUCUCUUUUCAGAAGUUGUGAUAGUACAUGUUCAUACUCACUUUUUCGUGAAGUAUCGAAGACUGAAUAUUGGAGUUGGGCCGACACUUGCUCUUGUUGUACUUCUACGUGGAUAGUU